AUGUGCCUGCCAGGGGAGGUGGCCCCAUGCCUGAUGCCAACCUUUCAAAACACCAGUGCCCCUGCCCCGCUGCCCUGUUUCCGGCCAAUGAACAUCAGCCAAGAUGAACGGCGGCUCAUUGCUUCACCCUGGUUUGCUGCCACCUUCUGCUUGGUGGGCCUGGCCUCUAACCUGUUGGCCUUGGCGGUGCUGGCUGGUGCCCGACGGGUGAACAGCUACCGUGCUCGUUCCUCCUUCCUCACCUUCCUCUGUGGCUUGGUGCUCACUGACUUCCUGGGGCUGUUUGUAACUGGUUCUGUGGUUGUCUCUCAACAUGCCACACUCUUUGACUGGGCUGGUGCCGACCCUGGUUGCCACCUGUGUAGGUUCAUGGGUGUAGCCAUGGUUUUCUUUGGCCUGAGCCCCCUCCUACUGGGCACUGCCAUGGCGGCCGAGCGCUUCGUGGGCAUCAACCAGCCUUUUUCACGCCCAGCAACCGCAUCGCAGCGCCGGGCCUGGGCCACUGUGGGACUAGUGUGGGCAGCCUCCUUUGGCCUGGGUCUCCUACCUGUCAUUGGCCUGGGUCGAUACACAAUCCAGUACCCUGGCUCCUGGUGCUUCUUGACUCUGGGAUCCCAAGUGGGUGACGUGACCUUUGGCCUACUCUUUGCGCUGUUGGGUGCCUUCUCUGUGGGCCUCUCCUUCAUCUUCAACACCAUCAGUGUGGUCACCCUGUGCCGUGUCUACCAUGACCAAGAGGCAGCAUGCCAACGGCCGCGAGACAGUGAGGUGGAGAUGAUGGCGCAGCUGCUGGGCAUCAUGGUUGUCGCCACCGUCUGCUGGAUGCCUUUGUUGGUCUUCAUUGCCCAGACGGUCCUUCAGAGCCCACCUGUGAUGCUCCCCAGCGGUCAGCUGCCCCGGCACACAGAGCGCUUGCUCCUCAUCUACCUGCGUGUGGCCACUUGGAACCAGAUCCUGGACCCCUGGGUCUACAUCCUGUUCCGUAGGGCCGUGCUAAAGCGUAUCUACCCUCGAUUGACGGUUCGACGCUCCAACCCCUCUCUGGAUACCACCAUUCCCCACUCUCUGCGGCCCAAAUGCACUGAGGAGCCACUGCCACAGUAGCCCCUGUUGGAGAACCGGUGGCACAGAGACCAAUCAGCACUGCUGGCAGCAGGAACACUGGGCUGUCCAAGAAGUCUGGGAGGGGGCUGCCACCAAGACAACCCAGAUUCCAGGCUUAGCAAAGCGAAGCAGAUGCUGCAUUGUGGACAUGUGAAUGAGGGGGGAGUGAGGUAGGAGUUAGGGGGCUUGGGGUCAGAGGAGGAGCCCUAAAGAGACAUCUGGGUUCAGUACCCCGGGCCCCUGGUCACUUUGCCCUCUCCACUACAUUCCUGCCCCCUCCUAAUAAUUAAACUCC